CGCGCCUGUCGCAUAACAACCUAGAGGUAUCCAACAACCAACUUCUAAAAUCAAUUACUCAAAUAUUUAUCCUGCAAUUCACUCUUUUAAUUCCUCAAAUACGUCAAUCCUCGCAUACCCCAACUCUCCUUCUACUCGCAGUUCGAGCAAACUCUCAUCUCAUACAGCACAGUCCUAUUAUCGUAUAGUUACCACAUUCUUCACCAUGGGAAACGAUGGCGGCUCCAUCCCCAAGCGGCGCGAGCUCGUAAGAGAAGCCGCCCGACUGCCUACCGCCUCCGAAUUAAAAGCCACGGCUUUAGAGUCUCAAACACACGCCUGGACAAUGUGCCCCUUAUCCGACGCGCCACUCGAUUUCUCCAACACGGUGUCAGACUGGCGGGGGCGACUCUACAACUACGAAUCUGUGUUACAAUGUCUGAUGCCCUCAUCUUCCGAGACGCCCGUAUCAGAGACUCAAGAAUCUGAGUUUUCUCGUACGGGAAUAAAGAGCCUGAAAGACGUUACGAAACUCAAGAUUACAACAAAGAAGGAUGAGAAGGGACGUGAGUUUGCAGCCUGCCCCGUCAGCAUGAAGGAGCUAGGUGCUGCCACCAAGAGCGUGUACAUUGUCCCGUGUGGCCACGUCUUCGCGGAGGUGACUAUGAAAGAAAUAUCCGACACCGAGAAGCAAUGUCCUGAAUGUAGCUCAUCUUUCGAGAAGCGAGACGUCAUACCCAUACUACCGACGGACGAGGCCGAAGUAGAGAAGCUGGCUAAAAGAGUUGACGAUCUAAGAGCAUUGGGUUUGACGCAUAGCUUAAAGAAGGAUAAGAGUGCCGGCAAGAAGAAGCGCAAGGCCGAUGAUGUGAAGGAGAAUAAAACAAGUAGCGAACAGAAAGAGAAAGAUACCGGUAAGACGGAUAAGAGUAAGGAGGAUAAGAAUGGCAUCGCAAGUCGGAUAAAUAAUCCCAUGACUGCAUCUCUCACUGCGAAAGUACUGGCUGAGCAAGAAGAAAGGGCCAAGCGAAGGAAGAUGGCGGAUGGAUAUAAGAGGAGCGAGGCUGUGAGAUGACAUACCAAGAUAGAUACCCAAGAGAAUUAACGUGUAGUUAGUCGACUGAUACCACAAGCUAUAAAGAAAGUUGAUAU